AAGACUCUGUGGCCGUAGUCGUUCGUAGACUACUUGCGACUACUCGUCGAUCAUCGUCGACGCCAGUCGACGACGGACGUCUGCGAGUAGGGCUUAACGCCACACUCGUGUUCGAAAGGGUCUUCGUCGGCGGCUCUAUCAUGGGACUUUGAAAAGCCAUAAUUGCAAAGCCUCGAGUUGACGUGUCUCGGUUAAAGCAUUGGAAAUUCCAAGGGACUUUCUAGAAUGAACAAAAAAUAUUCCUUUUGAAUGUUGUCAAAGUCAUUGUGAGCAAUGAUACAAACAAGACUUCUUGCAUUCUGUGGGUGACAUUUCUUAGCUGUUAAAACAUUUAUAUAUCUUUUUAUAUCAAAUUCAACGAUUAUUUAUUUGCAUUUUGGCAUUGAGAAAUGCCAGCACCAUCCCCGACCCUCUCUAGCUUGCCAGAAAUACCUAUGUGUGAGAAAACGGAAGUCAAUGAUACCGAUUCUCUGCCCCCUUGGGCCAAAAUCACACUUACAUCUGCAGAAGCUGAAAUCGAAAAGCUGAUCUCACGAAAUGAGUUGAAAGACGCAGAGGUAACUUACUUCUGUCAAGUAGAACCAAUUCUUCAAGAUGGACCACAGUGUGGUUUAGUGGCGCUUUCCAUGGCAUCGCAAGAAUACACAAAACCAGUUUCUGUGAAUCAACUUCUCGCUGAAGCUCGUGUUCGGGGGUUUACACAGCAUGGAGAAGUAUACAGUGUCGAUUUCAUGGGGACAUUGGCUGCGGAAUAUUUACCUGAUCACAAACCAGAUAUUUUAGUAGAUUUACAACAGUGUCCAGACACAUUAACUCAUGCUUUAGCACAUGGAGCAAUGGUGUUGAUACCAUAUGAUUCUGACUUCAACCACGCUCCAUGUUUAAAAAAAGGUCAUAAAGCGCAUUGGGCAUUGCUUGUAGGUCUAAUCUCUUCCAGACAAGGAUAUCACGUUCUGGCACGUCACGGUAAAUCGCGUCACUUGGCUUGUUGGCCCUUACGCGAUUUGAUUGAAAGUAAUGGCAACUUAGAGGAAGAGGGUACAGCGAGACAUGCGGGAGGAUAUGUUAUACCAAAGGGAGGUGUUGGAGGUCAAAAAGGUUUACGCGGCAGAGCAUUGGCAUUACAUCCGUACAUAUAGAGUUAUAUCGAAGAAAAUGAUAGGUAAUUGAUUUCAUGCUAAAAAAAAAAAAGAAAAUUUGCCGAUACUCUAUAUCCAUUUGUGCUAAAUAUUUGAAACAUAACAUUUGCAUACAAUACACACGGCUUCCAUAAGGAUCACUAAUAAUUAUGUAUAAUAUGCGAUGCUUUAAAUUUAAAUUUAUGUAAAAUAUUUUAUGUAAUGUUAGUCAUGAUAUCUACCAAAAAGCGUUCGGUAUUGGAGAUGCAAUUCUAAGUGGCAUUUUCGUUUUAUUGAAAUUAUGCGAUGUAAAUAAGAAUUCCGGCAGGCCGAAAUAUGUGCACGUAAAAUAUAAAUGCAGACAAUUGUCUCUUGAUAGUA